AAGUGCAAAGCGAAAAGGAAGAUUCGGAAUUAUACCUUAAUCCUUGGCAAGACGUUCAAAGCCCUGCUGCAUAUUUGUCUUACGUGGAAGAGUUGCCUACUGCGUCGUUGGAAGAUGAAGAAGAAUCGAUCGAAGAAAAAAUCGAAAAGAUGGAAGUUAGCGAAGAAUUAAACGACAAACAACAAAAGGAGGCAAAAGACUUGAUAAAGAAAGAAAAAGAAAUCUUCGCACAAAGC